AUGCCUCCAGAUGGCACCUCAUUUACGGCCCUAAACCUCCCACCAACAUUCUCUCUUCCCCAGUGCAUGGAAUACUUCACCUUGACAGCGGGCCCGAAUACCGAUCUAUGGCGCAAACCACCAAACGGCGAUACAUCAACCGCCCCGAUAGUCUUCACCUCACUCCGCCACCCAUUCGUUGUAGCUGAGGUGACCGUGAGCGCAGACUGGGAAAUGGAAUGGGAUCAAGGAGGCCUAGUGAUUUUCGCCGGAGCUGCACCGCAAUCUUUCUCCUCAGAUGCAACCCCGGUACUAGCCGCGACUACGAACAGUGGCCGCGUUGGCAUAGGCGCCACCCAACCGCCCUGCAAGUGGGUCAAAGCCGGCAUGGAAUUCUCCUCGGGGACCGUCAAUGCUUCGUCCGUCAGUGCGACGGCAGACGGGGCAGAUUGGUGUCUUUCACCGCUACUCCAUUCACCGCAGGGACCUCCGCCUAGUUCGCUGCGCAUUAAGUUAGAGCGGGUUGGGUAUGCGCUGUGGAUCUGGUAUCAGGUUCCUUCAAUGUCGCCGUAUGCUUUAUCGCCUGGUGCGGUAGGCAGUACAUGGAAGAAGCUGCGGGAAGUGACGUGGUUUUUUUACGGCGUUGAGGAUAAGUUCGUGCAUGUCGGGGUUUAUGCUAGUCGGCCGACGAGUAUUGGACGUGGGCAGACUAUGUGGGAUGCUAUGCAUGGGAUGACUUUGGAUAAUUCGUCGUCGUCUGGACCGGCUGAUGGUUUAGUUGUGGAGUUUGAAGAUUUGGAGAUCUUCUAG